AAUCAUUUCAAAAAAAGCAAUACUCGGGCCCAGACGAUUCAGUCCUGGCCGGGCCAGCAGGUUAGACAGCAACAACAGGAAGAGUGGACCUGAGCACAUGUUUUGGGAAACGAAAGAACAUUUUGCCCUGGGGUAGCACUGGUCCAGAUCCCAAGUGCAAAAGCACAGAGAUACGUAGGAAGUUCCCAACAUGUGCUCCCCCAACAGAGCCCACCCCCGUGAGGUGGCAGGUGGCUGUCCCCGUGUGUGCUCGCACGUGUCCAGCUGGAGGAUGUGUGCGGCUCCGUGUGCAGCAGGGGCUUCUCUCGAUGACCCCCAUCUUCUUUUUCGGAUCGAAGGUGCCCCUGCCAGGCGGUGAGCCCGAGUGCGGCCCCGAUGAGUACAAGCCUGAGGAUCUCAGCUGGUGCUGCAAGCGAUGUCCUGCCGGCUGUCAUGUCAGCGCGGACUGUGGUGUAAACCAUGGUGUUCCGAAAUGUAGCCCAUGCGAACCCGGAAGCUUCCUCUCCCACCCAAACGGGGAGACCAGCUGCUGGCCGUGCACUCAGUGUCGGGCGGACCAGGAGAUGGUGGCCACGUGCACACGGACCCGCGACGGGCAGUGCCAGUGUGCGUCGGGGAGCUUCUUCUGCGACUCACCGAGCUGCGUGGAGAAUUGCUUCCGGUGUCGAAGAUGUCCUGGCGCUGUCCUUCGGCCCUGCAAUGUCACACAUGAUACAGUCUGUGACCCAGAAGCUGGUACGGAGGCACCAGGAAAAGAAUUACCCAAGGAUGUGUCCAUCCGUGGGCUUGUUUCAUUCUUCAUCGUCUUGGGCAUCCUCCUCAUCAUUGCUGUCUUCUUCGUCAUGUACCGCUAUAAGAAGAAAGGUCUUAAGACCCGAAUCUCCGGUCAGCUGGCUGGAGGUGUCGCGUCCGGGGUGCUGUGGGCCAUGGGGCAGGGAGAGACGGGCGCUGCGUCAGCGUGGGGGCGCCCGGAGGGAGGCAGGGAGCUGGGUGCGGCAGAGCCCCGAGGACGCUCCCCUCCUGUGCUCCUAGCAGGUGUGUGGCCUCACCACUGGUCCUUCAGCUUCUGGAAAGGAAGGUUGGACGGACCUGACAGCGCUAUGGGCCAUCUGCAGAGUGAGUCGCUGCUGCCCCUGAAUCCUGAGACCGACGGGCCAGCCCCUGCCACAGAAACGUCCUCGUCUUGUCGCACGCUGGAGGAGGGGGGCUCAGCCGUGAAGCCCGAGGCCGGGCCCCACGCAGGCGCCUCCGAGGAGCCGGCGGAGGGCGCCGAGCUGGCGCAGGUGGCGCUCGGGGGGAGCCCCGCGGCCCCAGAGCAGGCGCUACCGACGGCAGCCCCGGCCGCCCCCGGGCCGCAGGACCGGCCCAAGGCGGCCCCUUCCCUCAGGACCCUGGAGCAGGAAUAUGAAACUGAGUAUUUUGUAGCAGAUACAUCCAAUGAAGACAGGAUCUACUAUGAAUUUGAAAACAGGAUUUCUGAUAAACACUGGAAAACAUUUAUGAGGUUUAUCGGGCUGCAGGACCAUGACAUUGACAUUUGCGAAUGCCAAAACCCCGGCAAUUUGAUGGAGCAGCAUCACCAGAUGCUGCUUAGGUGGAGAAUCCAGUUGGGAAGGGAAGCCUCUGUUUUUAAACUCUUCGCCGCCCUCCAUAAGAUGCAGCUACACAUGUACUUGGAAAAUACUAUAAACGGGUUAGUUGCCGAAGGCAUCCUGGUCAGACGUUCGGAGACCGCGGAUUAGACUUUGGGCUCGGGAUCAUGCUGUUAAGCCGGAUCCUGAAUGGACGUGAUCUGACCUCCUUUCCCCGUUUGCAUCUUACUGGAAACUUCUGGAAUCCCUGGUGGGACUGUGCACAUUUUCUCCAUAGAUUGUACAGAUAGUUUGCAAUGGGGAGGUCAGUCCUACAUGCCAGCAAGAGUGCUUCCUGCGGGGCCAGACCAGCUGUGGGGACUGCCUGUGGCCAAGGCGGCAGACGUGGAUCCCAGCGAGUCCAGAGUCCGGGACUCUGCUGGCUGCACUCACAUUGCCCAGCCCUUUCCCCAGGCACUGAGGCGGGAGGCCGUUUUUCUGCCCUGAUCAGCUCCUAAAUCGCAGAGAUCUGGGAUGUCCCCAUGACCUGGAACACGCUGCGCCUGUGACUGAGGUUCCCCUAUGUAAGGAGGAGUAACUUAAUGAUUUGACAUUAUGCCGUAUUUAUCACAAGUAGAGAUAAUAUAUCAUUACAUUUUUUUUCUAUAUUUAUAGUUGUUUUUGUAAAUAUUUUUUUACUAGAGAGAGUUCAAGCAGGGGGAG